CCAAAACUCACUGUUCUUCUCUCCAUAGCAUUCUACCUGCUCUGCAAAAGUCCACGCUCAACAAAUGCCAAAUCCCCUCAUUCUCACUCUCACCUAACCACCAAGCAUGUCGUCAACGGCGUCAUCUUCUUCACAAAAGAAAGAACCCGGACUCAUGAAAUUCACUACUUCCUCCUAUCGAAACUGGACCUAUGACGUGUACGUGAGCUUCGACCGUACCACCAACAAAUUCGUCUCGGAUCUCUAUGCAAGGCUCAGCGCUGCAGGGGUUCGCGUCUUCAAGGACGAAAUGGAGCCCCGAAGCGGAGACCAGAUCCUGUUCAAUGCAAUCGAAGAUUCUAGAAUCUCGAUCGUGGUUUUCUCCAGAAGCUAUGGGGAUUCGAAGUGGUGGUUGAAGGAAUUGGAGAAGAUAAUGGAGUGUCGGAGCAGCAAGGGUCAGAAGGUUGUGCCUGUGUUCUACGGUGUUGAUCCGUCGGAAGCUGGGGCGGCGUUCGCAUACGGGGAACCGCUCAGGGAAGCUGCUUGCCUUCCGGGUUUUGUUACAUAUAUCAGCAGGGAGAGAGAUGAAGCCUUAGACAAUAUUGUUGAACAUAUCACUGCCUUUUUAGAUGGUAAGGAUCACUGGUUCACUCUGCCGAAUGUAGAGAAAUUGCAACCUCGGGUGCAGGAUUUAAUUCAAGUUCAACUGUUGAAUUAUGAUAAAGUUUUAAUACUUGGGAUAUGGGGAAUGGCAGGCAUUGGUAAAACAACCAUUGCCAUGGCUCUUUAUAAUCAAAUCUGUUACAGAUUCCAGAGGAGGAUGUUUGUUGACAAUAUCAGCGAGAGAUGUGAGCAGCAUAGUAUAGUUUCUUUACAGGAAGAGCUUUUUUCUUGUAUCUGCAAAACAACAGAAGAAACAAAAGAAGAAGCAACGAAAGAAGCAAAGGAAAAAGCAACAAAAGAAACAACAGAGGAAACAACAAAAGCAGCAGUGGAAGAAGCAACAGAAGAAGCAACGGAAGAAGAAAGGGAAGAAACUACUGCAGAAAAAGCAAAGAUUCAUGACAUUGAAUCAGGAAAGCUUUUAUUAAAGAAAAAUCUCAGCAAUAAAAAAACGCUUCUUGUUCUAGACGAUGUGACUGAACGAGACCAUUUAGAGGCAUUGUGCGGAAGUCGCGAGUGGUUUGGUCCUGGAAGCACAAUAAUCAUCACCACUAGGGAUAGGAGUAUGCUCAAGGACGCUGAUGAUAUAUAUACAGUGAAAGGAAUGGAUUAUGAUGAAUCUAUUGAGCUAUUUUGUUGGCACGCAUUCAAGAAUAAGGAAAUUCCUGCAGAAGAGUAUCGUGAACUUGCAGAAUCUAUAGUUGAGUACUGUGGGGGAGUACCACUUUUUCUUGAAGUAGCUGGAUCCCAUUUAUAUGGAAAGAUGAUAGAGGAGUGGGAGCCUGCAUUGGAAGAACUUGAGGAAAAUCCUCCUUAUAAAUUGCAGAGGUUUCGACAAGUGAGCUUUGAUAGUUUAAGAGAUGACUCGCUGAAGAAGAUAUUUCUUGAUAUAGUUUGUUUCUUUGUUGGUAUGAACCGGAACCAUGUUGUGAAAAUAUUGAAUGGCACUGGACGUAAUGGAGAAAAGGCCUUAAGUGCCCUUGAAGAUAAAUGUUUAGUAACUGUUGAUGGCAACCAGCUUCAAAUGCAUACCUUGAUAGAAGAAAUUGGAAGAGAAAUUGUUGAUGAGGAAUCACGUCUUACUCCCAAGCUAAGUACUUAUGAUGUAUUCUUGAGUUUCCGAGGAAAAGAUACUCGUGCAAAAUUCACCUCACAUCUCCAUGCGGCUCUCGAAAAUGCUGGAUUUUAUGUUUUCAAGGAUGAUGUUCAACUUCCAAGGGGAGAAUGGAUAUCAAUCUCACUACUGGAAGCAGUGAAAGACUCCAGAAUGUCUAUUAUUGUGCUGUCUACAAAUUAUGCUGGUUCAAAAUGGUGUCUGGAAGAGUUAGAGAAUAUAAUGCAGCUUCAAAGAACCACAGCUCACGCAGUCGUGCCAAUAUUCUACGGUGUAGAUCCCUCGGAAGUACGUCACCAAAGUGGUGUAUUUGGACAAAAAUUUAAUGAUCUUUUAAGAAGUCACCCAGUGGAGGAAGACAAGGAGAAAAGUUGGAGGACAUCACUCCGUCAAGUUGGUAGCCUUUCAGGAAUUGUUGUGGUAAAUUCCAGGAAUGAGAAUGAGGAUAUCAAGAAGGUUGUUGAAGAUGUUACUCAUUUGCUUGACAAGACAGAAUUGUUUGUUGCAGACUAUCCGGUGGGAGUAACAUCUCGUGUGCAAAAUGUGAUCAAUCUAUUGAUGGAACAACAAUCAAAAGAUGUUUUACUUCUUGGGAUAUGUGGCAUGGGAGGACUUGGUAAAACAACCAUUGCCAAAGCACUUUAUAAUCAACUUAGUCGCAAAUUUGAUUGUAAGUGCUUCCUACUAAACAUCAGGGAAGUUUGGGAGCAAGAUAAUGGUCAAGUUUCUUUACAAGAUCGUCUCCUUUCUGAUAUUUACAAAACAACAAAGAUACCGAUACGUAGCACUGAAUCAGGAAAACUUGAAUUGAAGAAUCGACUUUGCCACAAAAGGGUACUUCUUGUUCUUGAUGAUAUAGAUAAAGUGGAGCAAAUGAAUGCAUUGUGUGGAAGUCAUGAAUGGUUUGGUUCCGGAAGCUGUAUAAUCAUCACAACAAGAGAUGAGCAUCUGGUUAAAAUGCGUGGCGUUGAACCUAUAAUUUAUAGAUUGGAUGAAAUGGAUGAUAGUGAAGCUAUUGAGCUUUUUAGUUGGCAUGCAUUCAAGCAAGCAUAUCCAGACACAAAUUUUUCUGUCCUUACUAAAGAUGUAGUUGCAUAUUCUUCUGGACUGCCACUUGCUCUUGAAGUUCUUGGGUCCUAUUUGUGUGAUAGGGAAAUCGAAGUGUGGAAGAAUGCUUUGGAGAAACUAAAAAGGAUUCCCAAUCAUAAAAUACAGGAGAAGCUGAGAAUAAGUUUUGAUAGUCUUAGUGAUGAUACUGAGAAAGAGAUAUUUCUUGAUAUAGCAUGCUUUUUCAUUGGGAUGGACCGAAGUGAUGUUAUUCAGAUAUUAAAUGAUUGCGGACUUUUCGCUGAAAUUGGAAUCAGUGUCCUUAGAGAGCGAAGCCUUGUAACUGUUGACAGCACAAACAAGCUUGGAAUGCAUAAUUUGCUAAGGGACAUGGGAAGAGAAAUAAUUCGCGAGGAAUCACCAGAUGAACCUGAGAAGCGUAGUAGAUUAUGGCUUCAUGAGGAAGUCCUUCAUGUAUUAACAGAAUACAAGGGAACUACAACUAUCACAGGACUGGCUUUGAAGUCACCAAGGACGAAUCCAAUUUCAUUGAGCACAAAGGCAUUUGAAGAGAUGAAUAAACUCAGAUUGCUUCAGCUCGAAAAAGUACAACUUGAUGGAGAUUUCAAAUAUAUUUCUAGAGAUCUUAGAUGGAUGAGUUGGCAUGGAUUUCCUUUGAGUCACAUUCCUAAAAACUGCUGUCAGAAAGGUUUAGUAGCCAUUGAGUUGGAAUAUGGCAAUCUCAAAAUAGCAUGGAAGCAGGCUCAGUUGUUGAAUAAGCUGAAAAUUCUGAAUCUCAGUCAUUCUCAUCAAUUGAGAGAAACUCCAGACUUUUCAUACUUACCUAACCUUGAAAAGCUAAUACUUGAAGAUUGUUCGAGUUUGUCUUCGGUUUCCCAUACCAUUGGACAUCUCAAUCAACUUCUUCUGAUAAAUCUGAAAGAUUGUAAAAGCCUUCGUAGCCUUCCGCGAAGCAUCUAUAAGUUAAAGUCACUCAAAACUCUCAUUCUUUCUGGAUGCUUAAUGAUUGACAAGUUGGAAGAGGACAUGGAACAGAUGGAAUCUUUGACAACCUUGAAGGCAGAAGACACUGCUAUAACACAAGUUCCAAAUGCACUAGUAAGAAUGAAAAAUAUUGGUUAUAUAUCUUUGUGUGGCUUUGAAGGAUCGGUUCGGGAUGUUCUUCCAUCUAUCAUUUGGUCAUGGACCUAUCCAACAAAUAACGUGUCAUCUCUGUUUCAAAAUACUCUCCAUCAUCUAUCAUCUAUGAUCAGCAAACUUCCAAAGCGUAGUAGUCUUUUGUUGGAAUCCGGUCUGCAACUUGAGAUACCUGAAGAUGUGGUCUUGAAAACCUUAGAUGCUACAAAUUGCAAGAUAACUAAUCUUGAUGAAAAUGCUUCCGUCGAUGAUAUCACAGAAGAUGAGAAUGUGACUGUUUUGGAUUCUGAUGAUAUGGAGACUGAUAUGAAUGAAAAUGUUUCUGAUUUUGAAGAUAUGGCAGUUGACAGAAAUGCUGUUGUUUCUGAUAUGCUAACAGAUAAAAGCAUUGAUAUCAUUUCCAAUGGAGGUGAAAGUAGAAUUAGCAGAUUCUCCAGACUUCGUUCUCUUGUUCAUGUUGUUCUAAAGGCACGACUAUUUUGGUUUGGUUUUAUUGCUAUCCUAAUUUGGAUCACAUGCAGUUAUUCUGAAAAUCAAGAAUGUUCAACCUCAUUUCAAGGUCAGAAGUUGUCUCUGCUGCUUUGUCAACACAUUUAUACACUUAAUAAUUCACUAUUUGACAUCCAAUUUAGCUUUCCCAUAUGUCAGCACACACCCACUUUUAAGGAAGCAGAGGUAAUUCCCAAUAAGCAAGUAGUGAAGUUGUUAGAGGAGGAAAGUAAAAGAAAGAGUAAACUCUCAUAUAGUCAAAGAGUUGUGGAGCCUCCGCCGGAAAGUAAAAACAUCGAAGCAUCGGCAACCAUCAAGAACUCCAGGCCAAAGUCUAAAGGAGAUAUGCCUUUAGUUAAGACAUAUCCACCUGCAAUUGCUUCAUUGUCUAACUCUCAAGAGAUGUCAGACAAUUCAGAGUAUGAUAGCAAUACUCAAAAUCAAGAUGAACUGCUUCAGACUCUUUUUGCUUCAAAUCCUAAAGAUGAUGAACUUGCAUUGAUUGCUGAUCCUACAUCACUAAUCACCACUCAAGAAGACAAUGAUUUGCUUGCAGAACUAGAACAAAUCUUGUCAGAGAGCUAUGUCUUGUCCGCGAAUAAGGUCACUUCUGCUACUUCUGUUUCUGAACUUCAAAGUCUUCCAUUGAUUGCAGUCAUUCAAAAAGUACAACUACUUUUGGAUAAUGAACUAGAAGCUUUGGUAGCAGAUAAUGACAUUAGAAAACAGCUUCUUGACUACUUAGCUCAUCUGGUUCAAAUGAAGUCACAAGUCCCUACAAAUAUUCAGAAGUUGGUCAAGGAGAUUAAGGAAUUUUAUGAAGGUUUUCUUGGUAACUUUCCACCUAUUCAAGAAGUCUUGGACAAUCAUCAAAGGUUAAUUGACACUAAGAAUAGACUUGAGGAGGAGCUGGAAAUAGCUAAGGCAAAGCAGGCUCAUUUUUCGUCUUCAAUUUCUAAAGGGAAAGUGAGGAUCAAUGAGAUGUCAAAAGAGAUCAAUGAGUUGGAGGUGAAACUUAAAGCCUUAUAUGACAAGAGAGACAAAUUAAAAUCCACUGUGAAACUUUGUGAGGUUGAAACUAUGAACAUCAAUAGGAAAGCUGUCACUUGGGUGAAAGAAACUGAAGAGGUUGUGAGCACUCUUAAGGCUUCAGAGUCUUCCUUCAAAAAUGCUGAAUCUUCAAAACAUAAUUAUGAGAGGAAGCUAAGUGAAUUGAAGCGAGCUCUUGGCAAAAAUAAACAUUAGAAUAUUCUUCAUUUUGUAAUUAUUCCCUCAGAAAAGCUCUACAUCCAAGUCAUUUAUCUAACCAAGUCCAACCAGUUUGUUAUAAUGUGUUUCUCGUUCAAGCGCUGCUGCUUCUUCUUCGUACUUCUUUUUCUUCUUCUUCUUCUUCUCUUACAUCGCUGCUGCUACUGCCUCUUCUUAUUCUCCUCAUUUUUUCCCAUCUUUUUCUUUUGUUAUCAUUGUCGUUGUCAUUGCCUCCUCCUCUUCUUCCUCCUUCCUUUCUCAUUUGAAUUUAUUCUCUUCCUUCCUUUUUCUCCCCCUCCAUCAACAUCAUCGUCGUCGUCGUUAUCAUCAUCGCUACUGACUACCUCUUCUUAUUCUCCUCCUUUUUCUUCAUUUUUCUCUUUCGUCAUCGUCAUUCUCAUCGUCGUCACCACCACCACCACCUCCUCCUUUUUCUCCAAUUUUCUUUUUCAUUUGAAUUUAUUCUCCAA